AUGGGCCCUCCUUCAGCACAGGCCGCGGAUGUUAAAAUAAGAGACGAUUAUUCCAGUAUAUCAACAGCCAACUCUCCGGCUUUAACAGACAUUACAAGUGUAUCAUCGACUGAUUCUGCGCCUCUUGUAAAACCCAAAAAUGCCUCAAACAAGUCUUCUCCUACCGUUCCCCAGGCGCAGCAUGAAAGCCCGGAAGAACGUGUGGCUCGAUUUAUGAAAUUCGUGGAGAAUAGUACCCGGGAGGAAAUCCCAGCAAUGGCACAGAAGUAUGGGCCACGAGUUGUAGGCGAAGGAAUCCCCUUCGAUACGGACGAGAAGGAUAGUGACAAGCUAUGGGCGUAA